GGAGGGGAUUGAGAAGAAAAAAAAGCUUUGAUUCGAGAGCGUGGAAAUAUUAAUAUCGGUGGUGGACGAAACGCGUGAUCGUGGAAAGAGAGUGACUCGUGAGGGAAGGGGGGAUGCGGGUUUUCCACCCCCAUCGUUUCCACCACCACAACGCCACCGACCCAGUCCCUGUCUCGGAUAUAAAGUGGUCGCGUGCUUGCAAGCUCAGUCACUCUGUCGCUGAAGCACCGAUCCUCGCAAGCACCUUGCUCGCCCAAAAAACCGACCAACCACUCGAGCCAACGACGCAACCCCGAUCUGCAUCUCCGUUUACAGAACAACAGCUACUCCUUCGAAACAGGAUCGAAAUAUGUCGUCGUUACGAACGGCCAUGUUUCUACUCGUCGUUCUGAUGGUGUUGAUCGACUGCUCAACGGCCAUCCCGGCAGCCGACAAGGAACGAUUGUUGAACGAGGUAGACUUGGUGGACGACGAUGGAAGCAUCGAGACCGCUCUGAUCAAUUACCUGUUCACGAAACAAAUCGUGAAACGGCUUCGAAAUCAACUGGACAUCGGUGACCUUCAACGCAAACGAAGUUAUUGGAAACAGUGCGCCUUCAACGCCGUCUCCUGCUUUGGCAAAUAGAACGUCGAGUUGUUCCUCCAUCAUUGUUUCUCUCUCUCUCACUCUUCCCUUCCUCUGUCUCUCCCUUUGUCCAGUGGCUAAGCUUUUAAAUAGACGACGAGUGUAGCUCGACGGCACAAACUCGGAUUCCCAGUGUUGUCAAAUUUGCAUCCGCGAGUUUAUGAAUCUUUAGUAACUCUUUGAUCGUAUUUCAAAAUGUACGUGUCCUUUCGGAGAUUGGAAUCGUUUUCGACUUGAAAAUGUCGCGGAUGUAAAUUUAGCAAUGAUCCAUUUCCCCGCAAUACGCUAUAUCAUAUUAACGUCGAUAUUAAGAAAAGGAAAUAGUAGAUUGUAGUACGAUGUAUUGUAAUUAAGAGCCUGCGUUAAGAUUAUAGAGUUUUCUUUUCUCGAGUCGGGACUUUGCGAAGCACGAUAAUUUCACCUUCUUGCCAAUUAUACUUUACGUAUUUUUAAUUAACGAAGGACGUUGUUCAAUAAAAGAUCCAUUUUUUCCGUUCUGUA